GCCUGCAGCUCGGGCCGGCCCGGCACCGCUCCCGCGGGGCCGCAGCCCCCGCGCCCGGGGCCGCUGUCAGCGCCCCGGCCCGCUCCACUGCGCGGCCCGCGGGGGGAGCGCGGCGCGGGCUGCUCCCCCCGCCCGGGCCUCGUUGGUACGGCCCGGCCGCGGCACCGCCCCUGUCCCUCCGCGACUUCCGUCCUUCCGGCCCGCGCCGCCGCCAUGGCCAAGAUCAAGGCCCGGGACCUGCGCGGGAAGAAGAAGGAGGAGCUGCUGAAGCAGUUGGACGAUCUGAAGGUGGAGCUGUCGCAGCUGCGCGUGGCCAAAGUGACCGGCGGGGCCGCGUCCAAGCUGUCCAAGAUCCGCGUGGUGCGUAAAUCCAUCGCCAGAGUGCUGACUGUCAUCAACCAGACACAGAAGGAGAACUUGAGGAAGUUCUACAAGGGCAAGAAGUACAAACCCCUGGACCUGCGGCCCAAGAAGACCCGGGCCAUGCGGCGCCGGCUCAACAAGCACGAGGAGAACCUCAAGACCAAGAAGCAGCAGCGGAAGGAGCGGCUGUACCCGGCCCGGAAAUUCGCCAUCAAGGCGUAGCCCGGGGCUCAUUAAAUGCAGUUUGCUUUGCAA